UGUCCUAUCCUAAGCCCUCCCUCCCACCCCAUCCUUUCCCUCCUUAAAACCCCUCUAUAUAAUAACCCCAACCCCCAGCCUAUUUCCUACACUCAGCUGCUCACAUUUUAUUUUACCCUUUCAGCUCCAUUACUCUUCAAAGUGAAAAAAAUGGCCCGUGCUGGUGUUUUCUUGGUGGGUUUUUUGACAAUGGUGUCCUCUGCCUGUGGUUAUGGUGGGGGUUGGACUAAUGCUCAUGCUACAUUCUAUGGAGGGAGUGAUGCUUCUGGGACAAUGGGUGGGGCUUGUGGAUAUGGAAACCUCUAUAGCCAGGGGUAUGGGACCAACACUGCAGCUCUCAGUACUGCUCUGUUCAACAACGGGUUGAGCUGUGGAUCUUGCUAUGAGAUUAAGUGUGCGAGUGACCCCAAAUGGUGCUUGCCGGGCUCCAUUGUGGUCACAGCCACCAAUUUCUGCCCACCUAACAAUGCCCUCCCCAACAAUGCUGGCGGCUGGUGUAACCCUCCUCAGCACCAUUUUGAUCUCUCUCAGCCAGUAUUCCAGCACAUUGCUCAGUACAGAGCUGGAAUCGUUCCCGUGGCUUACAGAAGGGUAUCCUGCAGAAGAAGGGGAGGUAUUAGAUUCACCAUCAAUGGCCACUCUUACUUCAACCUUGUCCUAAUCACCAACGUUGGCGGUGCUGGUGAUGUCCAUUCCGUUUCCAUCAAAGGGUCCAGAACUGGUUGGCAAGCAAUGUCCCGAAACUGGGGCCAGAACUGGCAAAGCAACUCUUACCUCAAUGGCCAAAGCCUCUCGUUCAAGGUCACCACCAGUGAUGGCCGCACCGUGGUGUCCUACAAUGCUGCCCCAGCUCACUGGUCCUUCGGACAGACCUUCUCUGGUGCUCAAUUCCGCUAGAACGUGUCCUCGUGAUGAAGUAUUUAGCCAUAAAUUUAUAUACGCUUCUAGGAGUAUCUUUUCAUUUAUAUAUACUGGAGUUAUCUAUACUAGUGUGACUUGUAGUGGUAUACUAAGGUAUUAUAUAGUAUACUAUGUUCUACUGGAGUCGGCCUUUCUGGCCUUUAGGGAGUCGAUAUUUGAAGGGCUUAUUUUAAAAAUGGCUCUUCAUUUUCAUUUGACCAAGUAUUGUUGUAGGGUACCCUAUGUUUAUGGGGCAACAACCCUACUCAUUCUUGAUGUGUUUUCUUUUUUUAACUUCAAAAGUAGUGAUGGCAGAGGUGGACUCCUCUCACCACCCGCCCACACCAGUUUGAAGUGUUGUUAUUGUUCACUUUGGAAUAUGUUGGAUCAUUUUUGGCUUUCAAAGUUGGUUGUUGCUGGCUUUUGUUGAGCUGAGUAACACCCCUUUUGUUCCUAGUUUGAUUGUAUUUGAAGAAUUAAAAAUGUAUAUUUACAAUUGCUAUCAAUGGAGUGCUAAUUUUCUA